CUUAGAUCAUCGCAAUAAAAAGCUCGGCUCACUCUGCCUCCUCGAGUGACCGGCGGUGCACGGGGUCCCUCCGAGGAGCCAUCACCCCUUCUCCUCCCCGCCAGCCGCCGCGGGGGCCGCCAGCACCAUGCGGGCCACCCACCUCCUGCCAGCCUUGCUGCUCCACCAGCUGCUGCUGCUGCCCACCGCCAUCCCCGCGGCAGAGGGUAAAGGAAAAAAGAGAAAUCCUCUUCAUGACUUCAAAAAAACAGGAGAGCUGAUGCUCAUUAAAGUAAACAAAACACUGGAAGUAAAAACGAAGCUGUUAAAUACCACAGAGCAAUGUGCAAAGAGAUGCAGCAGGAACAAGGGUCUCUCCUUCACUUGCAAGGCCUUUGCUUAUGACAGAGUUACAAAACGGUGCCAUUGGUUAUCCUUCAACAGCUUGACAAAUGGUGUGAGAAAGAAGCAAGACCAUGCGUUUGAUCUGUAUGAAAAGAAGGAUUAUGUCAGAAAUUGUAUCAUUGGAAAAGGAGCAGACUAUAAAGGAACAAUAUCUGUUACCAAAAGUGGUAUCCAGUGUCAGGCCUGGAAUUCAAUGAUCCCCCAUGAGCACAGCUUUUUGCCUUCGAGCUAUCGGGGAAAAGACCUGAGGGAAAACUACUGUCGAAACCCCCGAGGGGAAGAGGGAGGCCCGUGGUGCUUCACCACCAGUCCAGAGACACGCCACGAAGUCUGUGACAUCCCCCUCUGCUCAGAAGUUGAAUGCAUGACCUGCAAUGGAGAGAGUUAUAGAGGGCCAAUGGAUCACACCGAGACAGGCAAGGAGUGUCAGCGCUGGGAUCUUCAGAGACCACACAAGCACAAGUUUCGUCCAGAGAGAUAUCCUGACAAGGGCUUUGAUGAUAAUUACUGCCGCAAUCCUGACGGCAAGCUGAGACCAUGGUGCUACACUCUUGACCCUAACACCCCCUGGGAGUUCUGUGCAAUUAAAACGUGUGAGGAAAGCUUCGUGAACAGCACAGAGGCGGCAGCUGAGACAACAACGUGCGUUCGGGGACAGGGCGAGGGCUACCGUGGCACCGUCAGCACCAUCUGGAGUGGAGUCCAGUGCCAGAGGUGGGACUCCCAGCAUCCUCACCAGCACAACAUCACUCCUGAGAACUUCAAAUGCAAGGAUUUGAGGGAGAACUACUGCCGAAAUCCAGAUGGAUCUGAAUCACCCUGGUGCUUUACCACUGACCCAAACAUCCGUGUUGGUUAUUGCUCCCAGAUUCCGAAGUGCGAUGUAUCAAAUGAACAAGAUUGCUAUCGUGGCAAUGGCAAGAGUUAUAUGGGGAAUCUGUCCAAGACAAGAUUUGGGCUAACUUGCUCCACAUGGGACAAAAAUAUUGAAGACUUGCGUAGGCAUAUACAAAUAUUCAGAGAACCAGAUGUUAGUAAACUGAAGAAAAACUAUUGCCGCAAUCCAGAUGAUGAUUUUCACGGUCCCUGGUGUUACACAGAUGAUCCUCUUGUUCCCUGGGAUUACUGCCCUAUUUCUCGAUGUGAAGGUGAUACAACUCCUACUACAACCAGCUUCGAUGAUACUGCCAUUCCUUGUGCCUCAACAAAACAUUUGAGAGUUGUAAAUGGAAUCCCAACACAAACUAACGAAGGAUGGGUGGUUAGCUUGACAUACAGGAAUAAGCAUAUCUGUGGUGGUACUUUAAUAAAAGAAGAGUGGGUUCUUACAGCAAGGCAGUGUUUCCCUUCUCGGUACAAGGAUUUGAAAGACUACAAAGCCUGGCUUGGAGUCCAUAACAUCAAGGGAAAGGGAGAGGAGAAGCGUAGACAAGUCCGGAAUAUCUCCCAGUUGGUAUAUGGCCCCGCAGGGUCAGAUUUGGUCUUGCUGAAGCUUAGCAGACCUGCUAUAUUGACAAAUUUUGUGGAAAUAAUCCGGCUGCCCAUUUCUGGAUGUACCAUUCCAGAGAAGACCAGCUGCAGUGUUUAUGGAUGGGGAUACACUGGAUUAGUUAACUAUGAUGGCCUUCUCCAAGUGGCAAACCUGUUUAUUUUGGGAAAUGAGAAAUGCAACCAAUAUCUCAAAGGGAAGAUUACUGUGAAUGAGUCUGAAAUCUGUGCUGUGGCUGAAACCAUAGGUGCUGGGCCUUGUGAGCGAGAUUAUGGUGGUCCUUUGGUCUGUGAACAAAACAGGCUGAAGAUAGUAAUUGGUGUCAUUGUUCCUGGCCGAGGAUGUGCCAUUCGAAAUCGUCCUGGGAUCUUUGUUCGUGUCUCAUAUUACUCCCGGUGGAUACACAAGAUUAUGAUGACCUACAGAAAACCCUGAAAAAGUCAACAACUCCCAUUGAAAGAUUUUGGACAGCAUGUAAUUAAUGUAUAAUGUAAAGAUCAACAAUUUUUUAAGUACUUGAUAGUCAAGUUUGUUGAGCUUCUUUUAAUA